GUGUAGGAGAAAUAAUGUAUAGCAGAGGAAAAAAACUUGUUGAACUUGUAAAAACGAAAAUAGCUAAAGAGAAUACCUCCAGUUUAAAUGCAGGUAAGUGCUAAUUAAAUUUAGUGUGGUACUCCAUUUAUGUCUGUAACUGCAGUAAAAUCUUUUGCAUUAUUACUUUUGUCUUUUAUUUUAUUUCAGAUGUGAUUGAAAAUGUGAAAGACAUACCUGUUGUAACAAACGACCGAAUUGAGGUUAGGGACGAUAUAGAUGAGAAAGGAACUGUGAAUAUCGCGGAAUACUGGUCAGAAAGAAAAACAAACGAGGACGAUCAUGUCUUUGUUCAAGAUACUAGGAACACAAUUUCGAAUGGUAUGGAUGAAGAAAUUUCUAAUGUGACUGAAGAACAACUCGUUAAUGUUGAUGGCACACAGCUACCAAACACCUCAUCAUACAAUUGGGAACUUGAUGAAGUUUUAUUUGAAGUUGUUGUUGAGGACACAGGCCUUGCAAGUAAGUUACAUAGUAUGAGUUGGCAUGUAAGCGUAGAUGUAAAACUAUUAUUAUAUUGUAGUCUUUGGCUUUAUUGUGUGGUUAUACUUACGUCAUUAUUUUUAUGUGUAGGUAAUAAUGAAGAUGGAAGUUUGACAGUGCUCCAACCAAUGGUUAUUGAAGACAUUGCAGAUGCAAAUAACAGAAAUAAAGAAAAUGAACCACAUUAUGAACAGAGUGAAUUUUCCUAUGAUGUUGUUGAUGAGGACAGAGGCCUUGAAAAUACGCGGAACACAUGGGCAGGUAAGAGAGUUGAUACAAAACUAAUCAUUCUUUUAAAAGUCAUUGGCAUUAUUGUGUGCUUGUAGCUAAAAUAAUUGUUUUACUUAUAGGUAAUAAUGGAGAUGGAAGUUUGACAGUGCUCCAUCCAAUGGUUACUGAAGACAUUGCAGAAGUAAAUAUUGAUAAUGGAGAAAUUGAUCCAGAUUAUGAACCGAUAGAAGAGAAAAGCUCAAGUGAAGAUGAUGUUUCCGUUAAUGUUCCUCGCCAGAGGAAGGCUGGUCUCGGAGAAAAAGAAGACAAUACACAAACAAUUGAAGCUGAAGUGAAAAAAUGUAGGUUUUCAAGAGCAAGAAAAAGAGAAAAGUGUGUAAACCGUAACAGAGGGGUGUCAUACACAACUUUAAGCGGUAAAGUUGUCAAAGCUAGAGUAAUGAAACCUCUUAGAGACUGUCGAGCAGAAUGUAGAAAGAGACUUCCUGAAGACAUAAGAGAAAGUAUUUUUAAAGAAUAUUGGUCUCUUGGUAGUAGAGACAGGAGAGUAGCAUAUGUUGCCAGCCUUGUUGAUACUAUGGAAACCAAAACAUCAAGAAAAAGAGCUUACAAUCCUGAUAAAGAGAAAUUUAGAAUGGUUACACAUACGUUUCAUUUUAAGAUAAAUGGGAAAAGAGAAAAAGUUUGUAGGGGAUGUUUUAUGAACACAUUAGAUGAGACACAAAUGUUUGUAACUCUUGCAAUCACCAACAGAAGUACCUCUACAUCUGGUAUCACACAGCAGGACAACAGGGGAAAAACAUCACCUGGUAAUGCAAUUUCUGAUGAACGACUGGAUGAGGUUCGAAGGCAUAUACAAUCAUUCCCUUCUUACGAAUCUCAUUACACGCGAAGAACAAACAACAAGAAGUAUCUUCCUUCUUUUCUGGAUUUGAAUACUAUGUUCUCAUUUUACAAAGAAUCAACUUCUAAUCCUGUGGGGCGUACUGUAUAUACUAGGGAGUUUAAGUCCUUGGGACUAGCCUUUAAAGCACCAAAAGUAGACACUUGUCAUAGGUGUGACACAUUACAAAUGAAAGUGAAGCUAGCGAGUGGUGCAGAAGAAGAAGAUAUAAAACAGGAAAUAUCUGUGCAUCAUGCAGAAGCUGAUAAAGCAUACCUACAGAAAGAUCUCGACAAGAAAACUGCUAAAGAUGAUCCUAGCAAAAGGUGUUUUACGUUCGACUUACAACAAUGUUUGCCCACACCUUUUGUUCAGUCGUCUGUGUCUUUUUACAAAAGACAGCUCUGGACGUAUAAUUUAACUAUGCACGAAACUAGUAAACCAUCUGUUCGUUGUUAUAUGUGGCAUGAAGGCGAAGGUGCUCGUGGAGCAAAUCAAGUUGCCACAUGUGUAUUGAGAGAGCUUUCUGAGUUACCUGAAGAUGUAACGCACAUUAUUUUAUAUUCAGAUACAUGUGGCGGCCAGAACCGUAACUCGCAUGUAGCAGCAAUGUUUCUGUAUUUGAUGCAACAGAAAUGUAAUCUUCAGUUGGUGGACCAUAAAUUUAUGGUGAGUGGGCAUAGUCAUAUGGAAUGUGACACAGACCAUGCACUUAUAGAAAAGCAGAAGAAAAAACUGCGCUUCACUGUGUCACACCCCCAUGACUGGUACCAGCUUGUCAGAACUGUUGGAAGGAAAAACAAAUUUGAAGUUGUAGAACUUAAUCAUCAGGACUUCCUCAAUUUUGCUGAGCUGUACAAAACUAGUCUCUUUCUUAGAAAGAAGGAUAGUUCAGGAGAACCCUUCAAGUGGACUGAGAUGAGAUGGCUCAGAUACACUCAAGAACGACGAGUGAUUCAAUUUAAGAACACACUUGAUGAAGACGCACCUUUCAGAGAAAUUUGUUUAAAACGACGGAACCGCAGUCCAGAUGAGCUGUUACAUCCAAAGAAAUGUUAUAACUCCACACUUGCCAUUUCCAAAGAGAAAAAGAAGGAUCUCUUGGAGCUGUUGCCAUUGAUAGACACAGUUUUUCACAGCUUUUAUUUAAACUUGAAAACUACUGUGGAUGCAAGAGAUGUACUUCCUGAUAUAGAGGAAUUCAAUGAAUGAAUAUUUUUGCACUUUCCGGAGCUUUACCUUCCAAAGGUUUUU